CGCAAGCCCGAGCUGGGUCAGAUUUGCUGAGACCAGAAGGCGAUGGAGGCCGAAGAGGGAAAGGAACGCUCUCUGAAACAAAGGCAAGUCUUGAUGUUCUUUGUUUUGCUGGGCGUAGCUCAGGCUGGUUCCGAGCCUAGGCACUAUUCAGUGGCUGAGGAAACGGAGAGUGGCUCUUUUGUGGCCAAUUUGGUCAAAGACCUGGGACUAGAGGUAGACGAACUAGCUGCGCGGGGGCCUCGGGUCAUUUCCAAAGGGAGAAAAAUGCGUUUGCAGUUGGAUAGACAGACCGGGGAUUUGUUGUUAAAUGAAAAACUGGACCGGGAGGAGCUGUGCGGCCCUACCGAGCCCUGUGUACUGCCUUUCCAGGUGUUAUUGGAAAAUCCCUUGCAGUUUUUUCAGGCCGAGCUACGAAUUAGGGACAUAAAUGAUCACUCCCCGGUUUUCCUAGACAAAGAAAUAAUUUUGAAAAUUUCAGAAAGUAUCACUCCCGGAACUACUUUCCUAAUAGAAAGUGCCCAGGACUUAGAUGUAGGAAGCAACGGUCUCCAAAGUUACACAGUCAGCCCCAAUUCACACUUCCAUCUUAAAUUACAAGACAGUGCCGAUGGCAUGAUAUUACCACAGCUGGUGCUGGACAAAGCGUUGGAUCGCGAGGAACAGCCUGAGUUCAGGUUAACCCUCACCGCAGUAGAUGGCGGGACUCCACCCAGGUCUGGCACCGCCCUGGUCCGCAUUGAAGUCUUGGACAUCAAUGAUAACGCCCCAGAGUUUGCAAAUCUGCUCUAUGAGGUGCAGGUCCCGGAAAACAGCCCGAUUGGAUCCCAGGUUGCCGUCGUCUCUGCUAGUGAUUUAGACAUCGGAGCUUAUGGAGAAAUAUCUUACGUAUUUUCCCAAGCCUCUGAAGAUAUUCGCAAAACUUUUCGAAUAAAUGCAAAAUCGGGAGAACUCCUUUUAACACAGAAACUGGAUUUCGAAUCUAUUCAGACUUAUACCUUAAAUGUUCAGGCGACAGAUGGUGGAGGCCUUUCUGGAAGUUGUGUGGUGUUCGUCCAGGUGAUGGAUUUGAAUGACAACCCUCCGGAACUGACCAUGUCAACACUUAUCAGUGAGAUCGCAGAAAACUUGCAGGAGACCAUAAUUGCUGUAUUCAGUGUUUCAGAUCCUGACUCGGGAGACAAUGGAAGAAUGGUAUGUUCCAUCCAAGAUGAUCUUCCUUUCUUCCUUAAACCCUCUGUUGACAAUUUUUACACUCUAGUGACAAACACAGCCCUAGACCGAGAAAGCAGAGCCGAGUACAACAUCACCAUCACCGUCACAGACAUGGGAUCCCCCAGGCUGAAAACCCAGCACAAC